GGGGAACAUGUGAAGAUCAUGCGGGCGGUGUGGUGCUUCAUGGUCUUCGCUGCAGUGGGCGAGAGGCUUGCGGUCUCAGGUGUGGACAGGAGCCCGGCGCAGGAUGGAGGCAUGUGGGGCUGGUUCACCCCGGCAGGACGACCGGACAGCGGGGACAAGGCGGCCGAGAUCACCCACCCGAAGUGGCUGGUGCAGCAGAUUGAGUCGGAGGAGGAAGUGGCUCAAGACUACUUCGAUACCAGGGUGAAGAACAGCACGGGAGACACACGGGAGCCACUUCACUUGGCCCAGACCUCUUUCCGAGUGGAAGCCUUUGGACACACCUUCACUCUGGACCUGGAGCUAAACCAUCACCUCCUGUCUUCAGAGUACGUGGAACGGCACUUUAACCAGGAUGGCAGACCCGCGGAGUCUGUGGGAGGAGAGCACUGCUACUACCAGGGAAGGUUAAGAGGUUUACCAGAGUCCUGGGCUGCUGUCUCCACCUGCCACGGCCUGUGUGGCAUGUUCUCUGACGGCUUCUUCUCUUACGGGAUCGAGCCCCUUAACAAUGGGACCAGUCAGGAUGGUGGAGCUCACAUAAUCCGCAGGAUGCCUGAUAUCAGACUUUCCCCCCACUGCACAGACUGUACAGAGGACAGUGAGUGGGAUCGCAGAGGAGGUGACGGUGGUGACGACAGACCGGACCAAGCCAGGGAGCAGCAGGUGUCCGGGGGCCUGAGGCGAGCCAAGAGAUUUGUUCGCAAGCCCUCUGUCCAGACCGAGACCAAAUACAUUGAGUUGAUGGUGAUCAACGACAAUGAAAUGUUUGUACAGUUGCGUAACUCAAGCAGCCAAACGAGGAACUUUGCCAAAGCAGUGGUCAACAUGGCCGACCAGAUCUACAAGGAACAGCUGAACACAAGGAUCGUUCUGGUUGCCAUGGAAACCUGGACCUCUAAUAAUAAGAUGCCAGUCGUUGAGGACCCAUUGAUAACGCUGCAGAACUUCAUGAAGUACAGGAAGGACACCGUCAAGGAGCAGAGCGACGCGGUCCAUCUUUUCUCAGGACGCACAUUUCACAGCAGCCGCAGUGGGAUGGCCUACACAGGAGGAGUGUGCUCUCAGACGAGAGGCGGAGGAAUCAACGAGUAUGGGAAUGUCGGUGCGAUGGCCAUUACUUUGUGCCAGACUCUUGGCCAGAACAUCGGGAUGAAGUGGAACAACGCCCGCAGCUCUGCAGGAGACUGCAGGUGUCCGGAUGCCUGGCUGGGUUGCAUCAUGGAAGACACAGGAUACUAUCUGCCCAGAAAGUUUUCUCGCUGCAGUGUUGAUGAGUACAUCCAGUUCCUGGUCCAGGGGGGCGGGAGCUGUCUCUUCAACAAGCCCAGCAAGCUGUUGGAUCCUCCAGACUGUGGGAACGGCUUCGUGGAGCCAGGGGAGGAGUGUGACUGUGGAUCCCAGGUGGAGUGUGCCCGGAGCGGAGGAACCUGCUGUAAAAAGUGCACGCUCACCCAUGAUGCCAUGUGUAGUAAUGGACUCUGCUGCAGUGGCUGCAAGUACGAGCAGAGGGGCGUGGUGUGUCGAGACGCUGUGAAUGACUGUGAUAUCCUAGAGACCUGCACCGGCGACUCCAGCCAGUGUCCUCAUAAUGUCAACAAGCUGGACGGCUACUUGUGCGAUAACAGUCAGGGCCGCUGUUACGGUGGACGAUGCAGGACUCGUGACGGACAGUGUAAAGGACUGUGGGGUUAUAAUUCAGCCGACAGAUUUUGUUACGAGAAGCUGAACGCUGAGGGGACAGAAAAAGGCAACUGUGGUCCAGGUCCUGAAGGCCGGGGCUGGCUGCAGUGCAACAAGCCGGACGUGUUAUGCGGCUUCUUGUUCUGUGCCAACAUGACGAUGAAGCCAAAGUUCGGAGACCUGCAGGGGGAGGUGACCAGCUUCACCCUCUACCACCAGAACAAGUACCUGGACUGCAGAGGCGGCCAUGCUCUGCUGGAGGACGGCUCUGAUCUGGGCUAUGUGGAGGACGGCACUCCCUGUGGUCCCAACAUGAUGUGUUUGGAGCGGCGCUGCCUCCCUGUGGCAGCGUUCAACCACAGCACCUGUGCGCGAUCCAACUUUGGCCGCAUCUGUUCUGACCACGGGACCUGCAGCAACGAGGUGAAGUGCAUCUGUGACCGGGACUACACGGGGAAGGACUGCAGCGUCUUUGACCCCAUCCCCGAGCCGACGGUCCCCACUGGCCCGGAGAAGAAAGGUCCCAGUGGCACCAAUAUCAUAAUAGGGUCCAUCGCAGGUGCUAUUCUCCUGGCAGCUAUAGUCCUAGGGGGAACAGGAUGGGGAUUUAAAAACAUUCGGAGAGGAAGGUAUAACCUUGUGGGCCCUGUGGAGCUCCUCUCACCAGCCAAAUCUCACCCGGUGGCGUCCCCUCGGCCUGAGACGAGCAGGUGGCUCUCUCUGCAGGAGUCUUCCUCCAGUCCCCCGAGCCCCACGGGCGGACGCCACACGCCCGGAGACUUUGUAACGAUUCCCACCGCUGUAAAUGAGAUUAAUAUAAGAGAUCUAGACCGGAGCAGCUUUGUCUGA